UAUCCUGGUGCUUCUUUCUCCUCUUGCCUUGCUCAGUGUCUCCUCAAGGACUCAGCCUGCUUUUCUCUGGGGCCUACCCCAUUGUGCUGACCAACUAUUGCACUAAAUACCACCAAGAACAUGUCCCAGCAACAGCAGAUAAGCCUCCCAGCCAAACUGAUCAAUGGAGGGAUUGCAGGUAUAGUAGGAGUCACUUGUGUGUUCCCAAUCGACCUGGCCAAGACACGCCUGCAGAACCAACGCAGCGGGCAGCAACUCUACAAGAACAUGUUAGACUGCCUCAUAAAAACAGUUAAAUCUGAAGGUUACUUCGGCAUGUACAGAGGUGCUGCAGUAAAUCUUACUCUCGUAACCCCUGAGAAGGCCAUCAAACUAGCUGCUAAUGACUUUUGUCGCCACCAUUUGAGCAAACAUGGCGGUAAACUGACCGUUUUCAAGGAGAUGCUUGCAGGAUGUUGUGCAGGAAUGUGCCAGGCGAUUGUCACAACACCCAUGGAGAUGCUAAAGAUCCAGCUACAGGAUGCUGGCCGGCUUGUGGCCCAGCAGAGGGUGAUACCUAACAUGGUGAUGACUCUGAAAAUGGGUGGCACCAGUGCUGCUCUUAGCUGUUCCUACAUCACCAGCCCAGCACCACAGAUCACACGAGUGUCCGCCAUUCAGAUUACCAGGGAGCUCCUAAUGACCACAGGGGUCCCGGGAUUGUACAAGGGAUUGGGGGCAACAUUGAUGAGGGACGUCCCAUUCUCAGUUGUGUACUUCCCUCUUUUUGCACACCUGCACCAGCUUGGCAGGCAUUCAUCUGGAGACCCAAAUGUACCUUUCUAUUGGUCAUUCCUGUCUGGCUGCGUAGCUGGAUCACUUGGAGCUGUGGCUGUCACUCCUUGUGAUGUGGUCAAGACAAGGCUACAGUCACUUAAAACAGGAGCUAAUGAGGAAACCUACACUGGAGUCAUGGACUGUAUCAGAAACAUCCUGAGAAAGGAGGGUCCUGGAGCGUUCCUCAAGGGGGCCAGUUGCCGGGCACUGGUUAUUGCACCUCUCUUUGGCAUUGUUCAGGUCAUGUAUUUUGUUGGAGUUGGGGAGUUCAUCGUAGGGUUCACCCCUUACAACAUCUGCUCUGCAUAAAUUAGCUUUUUGCUAGUUUGUCUGCCACUUUAUUAAAUUACAAGCAGCUAUGACCUGGCCUUAGUUGUGAAGCCAGCUCUCUUUCACUGUGGAAGAGUUGUAUGGUUUGAAGCUAAAAGGACCUGGCAUAACAUUUGAAAUGAUACAAGUUGCAUGACUAUCUGUCAAAUUAAAACAGGUUGAAACUUUAACCAUCUAUUGUAUUGUAUAUUGGCAGUAAUGAGGCUGAUGGGAAAAAGAGGAAUAAAAAAGUGUUGCCCA